ACACGAUUGGGAGACGUUUCCUUUGCUGAAUCAAAGUGUCUGGAUGGUGAGCGCGGCCAGGCAGAGAUCGACCUCGACCUUCAGUUGGGCUACCUGACACGGCCGGCACUCGGCCAAUGGACCACUUGUAGUAAAAGCAGUGUUCACGCCGCUCGCACGCCCGUUAAGCACCAUGAUGUCUGACACAGUAGAACUUGCAGUGAACGCUCUGGAGCUGCAGGGCACGAUGGUGCAGGAGUUGGAGCUGCCCUCCGAAAUAAUGCAGACCAGCGACGACGGCACCCCCUCGCAGCAGGACCUGAUCGUCGACGACGAGCAGCAGCAGACAGACACCCUCUCCGCACUCGACACCAUGAGGAAAAACAGACACUUCUGUGACGUCGUCCUCAACGUUGGAAGCAGCGAAAUCCACGCUCACCGCAUCGUGUUGGCCAGCGCCAGUCCGUACCUGCACGAGCUAUUCACGGCUGACGACGAGAACAAGAGCGCCGCCCGAGAGAACAAGAUCACGUACAGGCUGAAUGGAGGAAUCGAAAAGGCGGCCUUCGAGAAGCUCAUUGACUUUGCGUACACAUCCAGAUUGCAUGUGCCCGCGAACCAAGUCAAAUCCGUGUUCCUGGCCGCUUGCCAGCUCAAGAUGGACAAAGUGGUGCGGGUGUGCAGCCAGUAUCUGAUCCAGCACCUCGACGCGAAGAAUUGCGUCGAGAUUCGCUCGCUGCCCGGAAUCAGCAAAAACAAGCAGCUCGUCGCCAAGGUCGACCGAUUUAUAACCAAGCAGUUCGAGUAUCUGUCCAAGUCGCCGACCAUGCUGAGCCUGCCGUGCAUCCAAAUCGAGGUGCUGAACCAGACGCGCGAGGAAAUGACGUUGGUGGACGGAGACGCGCUGUGCCAGUUGGUGCUCGACUGGGUCCACAGGCAGUCGGACGAAAACGCCAGUCUGGAACACCUCUUCGAAAAGACGCACUUGCUGUAUUUGGCUCUGGACAACUCGCUGCAGGACUGCAUCGAGCUGCCGAGCGGAGAAGUCAGCGAGUCGGACAUCGUGCAGGACUACAAGAAACUCUCGAAAAGACAGACGCAGAUUAACCUGAAGAACCGGCGGAAAUCGCAGCUGCAGCCUGCCAAGCCGCGAGUCUUGAUAUACUCGCGGGACAUCAGCGACCAAAACCUGACGGAAAACCUGGACUUGGAUUGGAGUCUGAUCGCCAACACCAAGGUGCAAGACCACACGUUCCUAGCGCUGGUGUCGCUGGCCGGCGCGCUGGCCACCCUGAGCGUGAUGCUCAGGUUGAACAGGCCGACCACCCCUUCGCCGACCAACACGCCUGGCGAAACAGCGCCAGGCUCCCGGCUGCCCAGCGAGGAGAAGCCCGACUUGUACUGCGUGCUGCCCAACAUGAGCUACGUCAAGUGCGCCGCCGGAUGCGCCAACCUCAACGACAACCUGCUCGUGUGCGGUGGUUACGACCGAGGCGAGUGCCUGAAGAGCGUCGAGUCGUACUCGCCGGACGGCAACAUUUGGGCCACGCUGGCGCCGAUGAAGGAGGCCCGCGGGCGCUUCGACAUAGCCGUGUCCGGCGGCAAGGUGUACGCGGUGGGCGGCAGCAACGGCACCACCGAACUGACCACCGUCGAGAUGUACGAUCCGCUGACGAAAAAGUGGACGAGGACGUCCAGCCUGCCCCUGGCGCGCUCCAACGCAGGUGUGUGCGACCUCGACGCCAAGAUCUACUGCAUAGGUGGCUGGAACGGCCAGGUGGGCAUCAAGCAGUGCGACCUCUUUGACCCGCUCACCAACGGCUGGAGCAGCGUGGCUCCGCUGCUCACCGGCCGCUACCAGGCCGGCGUCUGCUCGUUCAACGGCAAGGUGUACGCCGUCGGGGGCUGCGACUCUUGGAACUGCCUCAACUCGGUCGAGAUGUACGACCCGACCACCGACACCUGGUGCUACACCAAGAGCAUGAUCACGCCCCGCCGAGGAUGCGGACUUGCCGUUUUCAAAGGCAAGAUGUACGCUGUGGGAGGCUCAGACGGCACGCACUCGCUGACCUCCACCGAGAUCUACGACUCGGAAAGCCAAACCUGGACCCCAGGUCCAAGCAUGACCACUCCACGCGCCAAUGUUGGAGUCGCAGUCAUCGGUAACAAGAUGUAUGCUGUUGGAGGAUUCUCAGGCAAAACUUUCCUGAAUAGCAUUGAAUACUUGGACGAGUUCACCGACGAAUGGACCACUUUUAUACCAAAACAAGACUUUAGCUAUCAACUUUCCUUGCCAAACGGCAGCGACCGGACGUCCAAGAGCGACGCCUCGUCGGUCGCCAGCUGCUCCGACUCGGGAUCAGUGAGCGAGUGAGUCGGUGGCCAGCCGGACGAGGCCCUAAUCUACACACAUGCAUCACCACUCAAUCUUCAGUUAGUUUGAUAAUCUUGAAAGACUGCUAAAACAGAAUCACUCGGCCAGGGCUACUUUACAACCCUCCCCCUCCCUCCCUGCCUCCCAUGUGGGUGCUGAUUCCAAGAAUACUCUCGGUACUCGAUUUUUUUAUUAUCAUAAACUCGGAUGAAAUUACCUCAGCAGUGUGUUUGUUUGAAAUUGGACUGUGAAAAUACUCACUCUCGGUGCAGGCAGAAUUACGCCUGGCCUCGACAAACACACACACACACACACACACACAACGCAAUCCACCCACCCUGUCAGCGAGAUUUUUACAAUCACAAGAUCUGUCAAAAUCGGGGGCCACUCGACCGAUGAUGACGAAAUGGGAUAUCACAGGGCGGUUCAGUUUUGUACACUCAACAUCUUUUUGAUACGAGACAACCAGUUAUUUUUGUAUUUAUAAACUCAUUUGUAUUCCAAGCAAGAAGCCCCCCAAUCAUUGGCAGACGUUUGUUGUCGUCCUGCUGAUCCAAGGUCCCUCGUAGCGCUCUAAAUAUUACGUAAAGAGAGGUGGCUUUUUCUUCUGUCUCGUCGGAAAGCAAAUUAUUAUUAAUAUUAUUCCAUGAUUGUGUGAUAUCAGUGGCGAGCCUCAAAUUUGCCUGAUUCCACUCACAGCCCCAGCGAGAAAUUCCGCAAACGCUGACAGUUGUUGAGAUUUAUUUUUAUAAUAAUUGAGCUGGAAAUUUGAGAGCAUUGGUAUUUUUAAUUUUAAACAAAGUUUCCGCUCGAAGGCUGGUGCUGUCAGAAAAAUCAGUUCAAAUUGCUAGGUCGCCGCAGAAAAUCUUUUUGAUUAAUUUCUUCCUUUGGUAUCUUUUGGUUACGAUUAUUGAAAUUAAUGAAAACAUUUAAAGUGGUAAAUAAUGAGAUGAUAACUGUUUAUGUGCCGUUUUAAGUGUAUUAGAAUUAAAGAUAACACACACACACACACACGCAGAUUUACAAUGACAUGUUGAGCAAAGAAUAAUUAUUAUCAUAGGUGAUUACGUUUUAAUGUUAUUAGCAUAUAUUAGAGAGUACGAUAAUAAAAUAAUCACCUUGUUAGUGCAAUGUUGACCUUUGCAACUUUCAGCCGCUUUCGAUUGUUUGAACACAGCCUUCUUGAGUACAUUCAGCAACAGCCUGGGGUGAUUCAAUGUAAAAAAAAAAAAUGGAAAUACAGUCAUACAAAAUGGCAAAACUA